AUGUCGACCUACAAGCGGGCUACGCUGGACGAGGAGGACCUGGUGGACUCGCUCUCCGAGGGUGACGUGUACCCAAACCACCUGCAGUCUCAUCUUUCACAGAAGGUUCUAAAUAUAUCAGCACAGAAGCAUUUUGGAAUUCACAACAAAAUAAUACGCUGUGUUGUCAUCAUCCCAGCAGCCCACGUGGGUGUGGCCUGUUUUCAGGCCACAAAGUACAUUCAUCCGCCUGAGGCUGCCUGGCAGAGUGGAGGCAGCCCAGUCUCUGAAGCCGGGGGCCCAUCUUUGAAUUUGACACCACUUGUGAUCUUGGGUGAACUUCCGAAGCCCCCGGAAUGGCCAGAGGUGCUGGGCCGCACGGACGCAGCUGGAGAAGCGGCUGGUGAUGCUGGUGGUACUUCUGGCGGCAGGAAUGGUGGCCUGCUUGGCAGCGCUAGGCAUCCAGUACCGGACAAGAACCCCCUCGGUGUGCCUAAGUGACGCCUGCAUCUCGGUGACCAGCUCCAUCUUGAGCUCCAUGGACCCUACGGUGGACCCCUGCCAGGACUUCUUCACCUAUGCCUGUGGCGGCUGGAUCAAAGCCAACCCCGUGCCUGACGGCCACUCGCGCUGGGGGACCUUCAGCAACCUCUGGGAACACAACCAAGCCAUCAUCAAGCACCUCCUCGAAAACUCCACGGCCAGUGUAAGUGAGGCAGAAAGGAAGGCCCAGGUAUACUACCGUGCAUGUAUGAACGAAAGCAGGAUUGAGGAGCUCAAGGCCAAACCCCUGAUGGAGCUGAUCGAGAAGCUCGGGGGCUGGAACAUCACGGGGCCCUGGGACAAGAACAACUUCCAGGGCACGCUGCAGGUGGUGACGUCCCACUACCGCACCUCGCCCUUCUUCUCCGUCUACGUCAGCGCUGACUCUAAGAACUCCAGCAGCAAUGUGAUCCAGGUGGACCAGUCUGGCCUGGGCUUACCCUCGAGGGAUUAUUACCUGAACAAAACCGAGAAUGAGAAGGUGCUGACGGGAUACCUGAACUACAUGGUCCAGCUGGGAAAGCUGCUGGGCGGAGGGGACGAGGACACCAUCCGGUCCCAGAUGCAGCAGAUCCUGGACUUUGAGACAGCGCUGGCCAACAUCACCAUCCCCCAGGAGAAGCGCCGGGACGAGGAGCUCCUCUACCACAAAGUGACAGCAGCUGAACUGCAGGCCUUGGCGCCCGCCAUCAACUGGCUGCCCUUCCUCAACACCAUCUUCUACCCCGUGGAGAUCAACGAAUCCGAGCCUAUAGUCGUCUAUGACAAAGAGUACCUGAGCCAGGUCUCCACUCUCAUCAACAUCACAGACAAAUGCCUGCUGAACAACUACAUGAUCUGGAACCUGGUGCGGAAAACAAGCUCCUUCCUCGAUCAGCGCUUCCAGGACGCCGACGAGAAGUUCAUGGAAGUCAUGUACGGGACUAAGAAGACCUGUCUUCCUCGCUGGAAGUUUUGCGUGAGUGACACAGAGAACACCUUGGGCUUCGCCCUGGGCCCCAUGUUCGUCAAAGCGACCUUCGCCGAGGACAGCAAGAACAUAGCCAGCGAGAUAAUCCUGGAGAUCAAGAAGGCGUUUGAAGAGAGCCUGAGCACCCUGAAGUGGAUGGAUGAAGACACUCGGAAAUCAGCCAAGGAAAAGGCGGAUGCGAUCUACAACAUGAUAGGCUACCCCAACUUUAUCAUGGACCCCAAGGAGCUGGACAAAGUGUUCAGUGAUUACACCGCGGUUCCAGACCUCUACUUCGAGAACGCCAUGCGGUUUUUCAACUUCUCAUGGAGGGUCACUGCCGACCAGCUCCGGAAAGCGCCCAACAGAGAUCAGUGGAGCAUGACGCCACCCAUGGUGAACGCUUACUACUCGCCCACCAAGAAUGAGAUCGUGUUUCCAGCUGGAAUCCUGCAGGCACCGUUCUACACCCGCUCUUCACCCAAUGCCUUAAACUUUGGUGGCAUCGGUGUCGUCGUGGGCCACGAGCUGACUCAUGCUUUUGACGAUCAAGGACGGGAGUAUGACAAGGACGGGAACCUUCGGCCCUGGUGGAAGAACUCAUCCGUGGAGGCUUUCAAGCAGCAGACCGAGUGCAUGGUGGAGCAGUACGGCAACUACAGCGUGAACGGGGAGCCGGUGAACGGCCGGCACACCCUCGGGGAGAACAUCGCUGAUAAUGGGGGCCUCAAGGCGGCCUAUCGGGCCUACCAGAACUGGGUGAAGAAGUACGGGGCUGAGCAGACGUUGCCCACCCUGGGUCUCACCAAUAACCAGCUCUUCUUCCUGGGGUUUGCACAGGUCUGGUGCUCCGUCCGCACGCCCGAGAGCUCGCACGAAGGUCUCAUCACCGAUCCUCAUAGCCCGUCCCGCUUCCGGGUCAUCGGCUCCAUCUCCAACUCUAGGGAGUUCUCGGAACACUUCCACUGCCCGCCCGGCUCACCCAUGAACCCUCAUCACAAGUGUGAAGUGUGGUGAGAGGGGUGGAGCAUCAAGAGCCAAGGAGGAAGCAGGGCAGGGGCCGAGGACCGCCCCCGGGGCGGGGCCAACAAGGCUGCCCGCUCCUUCCGGCGCCCAGGGCGGCGCCUGGACACCUCGGGCCCCCUUCCCCUCGCUGGAGGGUUUUCAGCCCGAACCAAGUCUGUGAUGUGGGUUCUCACAUUAAUCCGAGAUUUGCUCCCCUGUGAAGACCCGGUCAUCCCAGGCACACGUGUGUCAACUCUGAUGGGCAUUUGGGUGUCAGGCCGGUUGCUCACCAGGCCUGGGCCCCACGCCGACACGGGCAGUGGGACACAGCCUCCUGCCCACAUCCAGCGCCAGAUACACCACAAACACCACUGUGUCAGUGCUUUAAAGAUGUAUUUUUGGGGAAACUAUUUUUUAAACAUUGUGGAAUACACUGGAAAUCUUCAGGGAAAUAACGCAUUUGAAACACUUUUUUUUUUUUUUUUAAGGAAAGGAUUGGUAUAUUUAUUAUGUUCUGUUUUUCUAAAUAACCUGUGGACAAGCCCCACUGAUUUACCCCCCGCCUCGCUUCCUCACUUGCUGCAAGAUUGGUCUGAAGCAGGAUCCCCAGCCACUGAGCAGGUCCCCCAGUGGAGAGCUGCCUCAGUCCCUGGGGUAUGCGGUUUCAGCCUCCUCCCCUGGUUCUUGGUCCCCUGGUGCAGAGAGGAGAGGCAUAGAGGCCCGGCAGAGGGAGGGGCCAGCUUGUUGGUACCACCCCCUCAGUGUGCCUGCCUCUGUCCCCAGAGUCCAACAGUGGGAACCCCAGCAAGGAAGAUCUGACCCCGAAGUCACAGCAGAGGACUGAUGGCUGCAUGAGGCCAGGUGAGGGCCCUCAAACCCUGUCUGGAGGUGCCCGAGCACCCUGGAUCCGGGUCACAGGAGCCCUGCGAGGCUGAGACAUCGCCAUCAGGUGUACUCCACCAUGCCAUGGAUGUCCUCUUUCCGUCCGCCUUCUUUUGACUGACCCCCCGUCAGUCCCGGGGCCUGUUGUCUCUCUGCAGCAUCCUGCUAUCCCAGCCACUUUGGGGUCUCUGCCUUGCAGACCCUCUUCUCCCAGGGAAGAAGGAAAGAGAAAGCAGCUCUCAUUGCCCAAGGGCCCAAAUCCUCCCUUCGAGCUCCGUCCUCUACCACUGGCCCGGGCCGGGCUCCCAGGACCGCAGCCAGGCCCGCCCUCCCUUCUCUAGUGCCUUAUCCAGGGCUGCGCCUGGGCUCCCCGCAAGGAGACAGCCCUCCGCCCCCAGGGGCCCCUUGGCCUCCUCAAUGAAGCCCCCCAAGUGUCCUGACUGGAACACAAGGCCAUACCCCCUACUCCAGUGCCACACAGCUGCCCCUCAUAGCCACCCAGAGGCUCUGGCCUACAGGUCUACGGCACUGAGGUCAGGAAUCUGAAGAGCCCCUGAACUUGCCCUGGGCUUCAGCCCACCCUCAGCCCCUUGGGCUGAAUCAAGACAAUACUUGUAGCAAGAUCCACUGCUCUUCUUGGGGGAUGCUCUUAGCCACGGGAGGCUGCGAGGGGAAGGCUCCCCCAACCUGGUUGGUCUGGCCUGAGGUGUAGGGACCAGGAAUGUCGUCCCUUCCCUGCGGCCUCAUUUUCUCUGGACUCCCCCACCUGGUGGAGCUCAUGUAGCCCCAGGCUGGCCCUGAGGAAGCAGGCACCCCUGACCAAGGCAGGAGCUGCCUCAGCCCUCCUGCCUGGUAGCCAGGCCACCGGGCCAGCCCCGCUCCCACAGGGAGCCAGCGUUCUCCUCGCCCAAGAUGAGCAGAGGCUCAACCACUGCCUCGCCCACCUUCAGGUCGGCCCUGGAGCUGGGGCAGGGGUUUUGGCAGUGGGCUCCAGGUGAGGCCCCUGGCCCCCACCAGCGGCAGGCCUAAUGUCUCUUCAGAGGAAAUGGAGGACAGGAGCCAGAGAAGGAGCUGGAGUCGGGAGCCCGCCAUGCGCACCUCACCACGGAGGGACCGGCUCUCCUGGGCCUGGCGCCCUCCCCUCCCCCACUCCACCCUCCUGCCCUCCGGCCUUCCCCGAGGAGGGUCGCACCCCCGGCACCAUGGACUGGGACCUGCCAGCCAGAAGCAGCGGUCCUAGGGCUGAGGGUCCAGCCGGAGGGAACGUCCUCUGCCCUCAUUGCUUCAGGGAGUGGGAGGGGGCAGGCCGAGGAGGACUCGGGACCAGCGGGGAUGGAAGCAAAGGAAGCACUCCCACUGCCUCCCCUGCAGAGCCUUGGGCAGCUGCGCUCUGAGAGGCCCCUUCCUCCUAGGCCUGGGGAGCCAUAGGGGCGGCUUCUCCGUGGGCACAUAGACGUGGGGUUUGGAGCUGGGAAUCUAUUUUUUGUAUUAUGUUUUGUGCUACUGUAGCUUGGGUUUGGCACUAUUGUAACUGAAAUAAAGUACUUGUACCGAGGGC